AGCCGCCACGCGGAGCAGGCAGAGCACCAGCACCAGCAGCACGGGGACCACGCGGCGAGCUGGACGGCACCUCCCGCUCAAGCUGAACCGCGAAGCCCUCGGCGCAGCCUAGCGCAGUCUGACGCAGCCGCUGGACGAGCUGGGCAGCUUGGAGCGGACCGACUGUAGUCUGGGUCGACGCCUCCGCGCGGUCGUCAGCUGUCCCGGCAGGAUCGGCAGGACCCCCGUCAUGACGAGCUCCUCGGCGCGCCGCGUCGUCGCGGUGCUGCCGCUGCUGCUGCUUCUGGGUGCGCACCGCGCCCUGGCUGCCGACAACGAGGGCCCCGAGAUCGGCACCGCGGUGGCGCUCGUGACCAACAGCAGCAACAACUUGGUGCCCGUGCUGUUCAAGGAGCUGGCCGUGCCCGGCGAGAACCUGGUGCUGGCUCCGUUCGGCGUGGCCACCAACCUGGGCAUGGUCCUGGAGGGCGCCAGGGGCCAGGCCGCGGCGGAGCUUCGCGCCGCCCUGGGCGUCAACGAGACACACGCCGAGCUGCUGCGGACCGGCUUCAGGGCCGUGCUGGCCCGCUUCCAGGCGACGGCGGACCACGAGGACGUGUCGGGCGCCUUCACCGAGGCCACGCUGCACAGCUCGCGCCGCCUGCCCGACGCGUACCGCGCCCUGCUCGAGGACUACUACCUCGCCACCCUGUCUGCCGAGGCCGAGAAGCAGGCCGAGCAGGCCGUCUCCGACAACGACCUGGCACCCAACGACACGCUGGUGCUGUCGCUGUCCUCCGACACGGGGGUCAUGUCGCACUGGCGCGACUUCCACCUGCUGCCCGUGUACGUGCUGCUGUCGCACCAGGCCGCCGCGCCCUUCACCCGCGGCCCCAAGGACGUCGUGACGGUGCCCAUGGUGCCGCUGGUGGGCGUGUUCCGCUUCGGCCGGGUGGCCGUCGGCGCCGGCAAGGACGCCAGCGGGGCGUACGUCGUGGAGGUGCCGCUGGAGGCGCGAGGCACCAGCCUGGUGCUGGUGCUCCCCGAGGCGACGGGCGCUGCCGCCGUGUCCGAGACCGUGGCCGCGCUGUCGGCGCGCAUCCCCCGCCUCGUCAACAAGCUGGCCCCGACCGAGAUGGAGGUGCUGCUGCCCCAGCUGGCCGCCGUGUCGCGCGGCAAGGACCUGCGGCCCGCGCUCCGCGCCAUGGGCAUCAACGCCGUGCUCGACCCCAGGAUGCGGCAGCACGUGGGCAGCGUCACCCAGGACGCCUUCGUGUCCACGUCCUUCGUCGCCAUCAACUCCGUUAGCUCGGUGGGCGCGCGGCUCGCCGAGCGCGCGCACCGCAGUCGCCGGGAGUCGGCGCGGGUGGAGCCGACGCCGCGCCUCGUGCUGAACCGGCCCUUCGCGUUCUACGUGGUGCACGACGCCGAGCUCAUCCUGCUGGCCGGCGCCGUGCACUCCCCCGCGCAAGUGCCGACCGCCACCGCCACCGAGGCCGCGUCGCCGGCAGCAGCGCGUUGA